AUGCUGCUUUUACGAAAUAAUCAUUUGGGAGGAGAAAUUGCGAUUCUUGAUUUUUCCCCACUUCAGAAACUGCAAGUAAUUGAUUUUGGGAACAACAGCUUUGUGGGAAACAUUACAGUUAGCCUGUGCUUGUGUAGAUCCCUGAUUGCAGUUCGAUUAGCAUAUAACCAGUUGACGGGCGAAAUCCCAGCUUGCAUGGCUGGCCUAAAAUCUUUAUCCCAUCUCUCACUUUCCUAUAAUUUCCUGUCUAACGUUGUUGGAGCUUUUAGGAUUCUUAUACGCUGCGAUAAUCUUUCAGUUAUCUUCCUGUCAGGGUGCUUCAAUGAUGAACCGGUGCCAAAUGAUGGCCAUUUAUUACAUCAAAAUGGGUUCCAAAAUCUACAAAUUCUCAGUCUGGGUGGAAGCGAUCUCAAAGGUGAAGUGCCUUCUUGGAUUGGAAAAUUAAAGAAACUCAAAGUGCUGAAUCUGUCUUACAAUCACAUUACGGGCACAAUUCCAAAAUGGCUGGGGAGUAUGCCUAGCCUUUUUGCACUAAACAUCACUCGAAAUCACCUCACUGGAGAACUUCCUCGCGAAAUUGGCAACCUAAAAGCUUUAGUUUCAGACAAUACAGACCCAAACUUGAGUAAUUUAGCAUUGCCUUUUUUAUUCGACAGUCUCCAGUACAAUCGACUAUUCAACUUGCCAAGGGGAAUCAAAGUUGGGAAUAACAAACUGGAUCUCAACGAUAACGACUUCAAUGGAAGCAUUCCAAAUGAAUUAUCCCGUCUUGUCAAUUUAGAGAAAUUGGACAUGUCGGGGAACCAUCUCACCGGCGAGAUCCCCGAAUCUCUGAAAAAACUCAAUUUCUUGUCUCAUUUCACCGUGGCAAACAAUGAUUUGGAAGGAGAGAUUCCAAAGGGUGGUCAAUUUGAUACAUUCACAAACACUUCAUUUGAGGGGAAUCCUAAACUUUGUGGGUCUGUACUGCAAAAAAAUUGCCCUCCAGCAAGCGCCGGAGGUGAAGAUGAAAUGUUGCCACCGGCACCGGAGGAUCUUCUCAGUCGUUGA